AUGGCGGCAGAAGUAGACGACGUGGAUGUAGCAGAAGAGAAUAUUUUAUAUGAUUUGUCUGUUCAGACUGAAUGGCGCCUUGACAACGAACUAUUUACCAGAAGUCCAAGGGACAAAGACAAGGUUUCUAUUGUUGGACGGUUAGCAUCAGCAUCUCUAAGAUCUGUGUGGACGUUUCUACGGACUGUUGGGGUUCCUUUGCAGACAGCCACUCCAUGUUUGUUGCCAGAAGCUUUGGUGAAGCUAGUCAACAGUCAGAUAAACUGGCACAUUGCUGUCGGAGGGGAAGGAAAGGUGGUUGCCAUCCUCCAGGAGCAGUGUGUGGAUAUCAGAUCACACCGAGAUGGAUAUGAGUCCACAGUGGGGCGUGGCUCCUUCCAGCGUGACCCGUGCCCCCAGUGGCGCUGUGUGGUAUGGAGCCCGGACAACACCAUGCUGGCCUGCUCGCGGAGCUGUGGAGCCGUUGAUGUGUUUGAUAUCAUGGGGUCACUGCUUUUCACCAUCCCUGGGGAAACGACAGAGAACACCCCCCAUGACCUGAGCUGUGCCGUGGCUGCCCUCAUCUUCACGGAUCACCAACACCCAGACAACAAAUGGUCAGCAGAACUACUGGUCAUCAACUACCAUGGUCGUCUGAAGAGCUACUAUGUCAGCCGAGACAAGGGCUAUAAAUCUCGCCACAGCUUCGUCUUCAGUGGACAUUACCCUCUUGGCAUCAGCUCAGCCGUCUAUCUCUCCGAACAUAAGAUGUUGUUGGUUGGUGGGUGUGGCCAGGGCGGGGAGCCGUCGUCAGCGGCAACUGAGGCAACCAGUGAGGGAAUCACAGCGUGGCGGUUGCUGUCAGACAUACCUCAUUACAAACUGAUCACGGACUAUGAUACAGGGAUGACACAGGCCAACAAGGGAAUGUCAAUACUGAGCAUGCUGCGUGUGCCUCAACUGUCCGCCUGGAAGGGAGGGUUUGUGGAUGGCGUGUACAAGAUGUGCGUGUCGCCUGCGGGGGACACACUGGUUGCGCUGCACCUGUCGGGCAAGCUGUCCGUGUGGCACCUGCCAUCUCUCCGCCACAAGGUCGCCUGGACACUGGAGGACCAGCCUGGGUAUGAUGAGGUCUGCCCCAAACUUGCUGAAAAUCCUCAAAAGAGGAAAAGAAUUAAAGAUCUGAUACCUCACAAGAAACUACUUGAUGUCAACUUCUGGUCAAAUGAGGCGCUGAUCUUGGCGAGAUGUACUGGCGCUGUCAUGGUGUGUGCAGUGAACACCUUACACAACUACCUGGGCAAGUCCCCUGAGUGGUUCGAGCCGUCCCCCCGUGUCAGUGAGAGUUACCAGGGAGGAUUCCUCGGCAUCGAGUGUGAGCAUCGCUUCCCGAGGAAGAAGUUGAUCGCUGAUGAAGGUGACGAAGGUGAUGACAGUGACGAUGAAGAUUCCACCUGGUAUAACAGGUCAACCCGCGUCACAAAGCAGGUGCUGUACUACCUCACCGACAGCGAGAGGUUUCAGCCACCAAGGAAGAAGCCCAAGUUGGUCACUCGCAUUUACAAACUGAUCUGUUUGAAAUCUACGACCCCUGAGGAACUGUAUGCUCACAAGAUUGAUGCGGAGGAAUAUGGUGAAGCUCUGGCGCUGGCGAGGACGUAUGGGUUGGACUGUGACCUGGUGUAUCAGAGGCAGUGGAGGAAGUCCCCGGUGUCCGUCGCUUCCAUACAGGAUUAUCUGAGUAAAAUUAGCAAGAGGUCGUGGGUGUUGCAUGAGUGCUUGGAGCGAGUCCCAGACAACAUUGAUGCCAUGUGGGAGCUCCUGCAAUAUGGGCUGCGCGGCACUGACCUUCCCGCUCUCAUCACCAUCGGCAACGGGGAGGAUGGCGGCAGGUUCAUCCUGUGUGACCCCGAGGAAGGCUUGUACGACGACAUGAGUUUUGAUGAAUUUAACCCUGAUGAUCAGAGACAGAAGGAGGAAAUGAGGCUCCAGAGGAUGAAGGAGAUGCUGGACCAGGUCCACUUUGACAGCAUGAACCUGGAACAGAAGGAACUGUGCAGGGCCAGGGUGAAACUUCUCCAGUACAUCGACAGACUGAGAACAUACGAGCAUGUCAUGGGAGGUAGAAGUGCUGCAGCUGAACGGUUCAACUCCAAGUUCUUCAAAGAAUUCAGAUCCCAAAAUAUAGUGGAAACUGCUGUUAAUUAUGCACAGAUGUCCAACUGUGAGGCCCUGGAGGCAAUGUUCACCUACCAUGGGGCGUCCACCCUCAAACACAGACUUGUAAUCCUGUCGCACUUCCCGGAGACGACGACGCCAGUGGAGUACAAGACCCUGCUGCCAGAGAUGGCGAACACAGAGGAUGCACAGAAGUGGGAGCAGAUCAGCUGGCGUGGCGAGCCAGACUGGAGCGAGGGAGAUGAGUGCAGAGCUGCCAUUGACCCGUCACCGGUUGACUUGGGAGUAUUCCUAUAUGAAGACAAACCUGAGCUGGAGAAAUACAGAACUGAUGAGCCAAGCAAGUCCCUGCUGUGUGACUGGUACAUUGACCGUGCCUGUGAAAUAGAGCGCAUGUCACGGCUGGUGGACAAUGCACUUGACCUUGUCAAACUGGCCAUACAGAACAGGGUUGAGGGACUGUAUGACUUGCUUGACGAUCUUCUUACUAUGGAGAUGUUGGUGUACGAGUGUGGCGUGGAUGACAACCUCACUUUCAAGGAUCUGCAGCAAAUGGCCGACUACGACAAACUAGAGCUGAUCAUGUCCAAGUCUUCAGAAGAGAUGUAUGUGAAGAACCUGCGUCGUUGGAUGGUGCCGUUCCUGAAGCAGUGUGAACGUCGUGAAGCUGGCUCGUACAACACUCUGCUGCACGACUACAUCAUUACCAAGGCCAAGACAGACCUGUCCCUCGUGGUCAAGAUCUUCGAAACAUCCAAGGCAGGGGUGAGUCAGCCUGUUAUUCAGAAGCCCAAGGAUCUCAUGUCUCUGGCCCUUGAAGCUGUCUAUGUUUGUGAGAGAGACGACCAACUGAAUCUGGCCUUUGACAUCACCCAGUGUCUUCCCCAGAAGGAUUCACAGAGAGAUCCUGCCGACAUGAUCAAACUGCACAAACAAGUUGACAGACUGGAGAACCAUCUUCAGUCAGCAGAUGACUUCAGUUCGGUCACUUAUCUCGGACGCAGGGCGCAAUGUCCGGCCUCUGGCAGGAGAUCGGUAUCCAUUCGGGGGUUAGUGGGGUCAUCUGCCGGAGGCACCCCUACCUCGGGCUUAGGCUCCGAGAUGGAUUCUGCCUCCGGGAGUGUGCUUAAUCCGAGCCUCGGCUCUGGUGACGGCCUCUCCACCGGUGCAGUUGUGUCUGACCCGGAGCCUUGGCCCGUGCAGUCCAGCUCACCGCGCCCGUGCCGGGCCACGCACCGCUGGCAUCCAGCUGUGUGUCCAAGCUCGGUGCCUUCCAGCUUCCGGGAUAUCCUAUUUCGCAGGCUCUUCCCGGGGCCUUGGCGACUAGGUUCGGCCUUGAGCCUAGGGUCGGUCGAGCCAGGCACCUCAGCUCUCCUUGAUCCGUUGCCGUUGUUCGUGGACCCUUCUUCCGUGACUUCGGAGGUGACUCUCGACACCGAGAGCUCACUCCUGGAGGAGCGGGAGGAGGAAGCCAUGGAUGAGGACAGGUUGCUGAGACUCGGCCACUUGCUGCGAAUCCCAGGAGACACUCGAGCUGAGAGGGAUGGGAAAGUGUGGAAGCUGAUUGGUGAAGCUGCUGUCAAGGCUCGAGACUACGAAUUUGCCGAAGACUGUUGUAACCAGCUGAUGUCUGUUGGGAGCCCAGAGGCGUGGACGCUGUGUGUUGACCUGGCAGAGCAGGAGGACUUCAGCAACAUCAAGGCCAAAGUAAACCUGCUGUCCUUUGCUAUGACGUUUUGUACUGCGGAUAUGAUCGAACCAAUUCUUCAGGCAAAGUGUCUGCUAGAAACUCAGCUUCUGAUUGAGAGAGUGAGCACAGACAUGUCUGAGGAGGCAGUCGCUGUGACUAGCAGCCCGUUCUCUGCCAAGGCCGCCAUCAAGCAGACUCAGCACAUCCUCUCCUCCACAUCAAAGACAACGAAGGCGAUGUUGUCAACUGUGACGGACGGCAGCUGGUGGAAGGGAGCGAUUCACACCUUAAAACAGCCCACACAGAGGCAGACAUCGAUGGACUAUGAUGACGGCAAUGUCAUCUUCACCAGACAGGGAUGUCACCCCUUCUAUGAGAGCAUCAUCGAAGACUGCUACUCCAAUGUGAGCUCCAUCAACUAUCAGACAGGGGAGACAAUCAUGUCCCCUGAAGUGGAAAUGAGUGAAAAGGUGUUGCGGGCAGCCAAACUGGAGGAGAUGCUGACUGAGGGGGAGAAGUCCCAGCCAGCAACAGAAGUACUACUUGAGCUCGCCAAGUCUUCCCUGGCCAGGGACAGCUCAUUGGGCCUGGCCUAUCUUUUAGCACUGACAAAGGCCUCAGAUGCUGAAAAGUGUUUUGAGGAAUUCCCCAGCACAGAUGUGUCGAUCCAACUUGCGCUGUAUUACUACGCACUCCAAAUCUACACCAGUCUGAAGCCUAGUACUAAGCCCUUGCCGUUUGCCUUGUACCGACAAGACCCCACCAAAGUCAUCCGCAAGGUCAUCAAUCAUGUGACCAACAGACCCAACAGUGAUUGGCCGGAGGAGGUGGUUGAACUGAUCCCGAAGCUGGAGAAGUACCGAGAGAUGCUGGAGGAUUACAACCAGGCCGUCACCUUGAAGAAGCUGGGCCGAGGUGUGGACAUUGUCAGAUUUGCAGACGACUUAGAAUACAAACAAGAGACAAUCCUUGGACUUGCCAUGAGUGUGGAUGACGAUGUCUACAAGAUUGCCGUGUCGCUGGCCGAGCGGUACGACCUGUCUGUGUGGGAGGUGUACAUGUCACAUCUGGAGUUUGUCUUCACGGACAGCGGUCUCACCACGGAGAAGGUGGAGGAACGAGUGACAAGGCUGAAGAUUCUUCCAGAACUCACCGCACAACCACUCAAGUUCUGUGAGCGGAUGUACAAGUAUGUCUUCCCCACCAUUGAGGGGAUGGACCACGACCGUCUUAUGUACUUCUUCCAGCUUCUAGAUGGCCAUGACACUGGCCAGAUACAGGGGCAGACACCUGAUGCUCAUGUCAAGCUGCUCAAGAAAAUCAAGCCUGUUGCACCAGGCUUAGACUACCACAAGCUGAUGGAUGGCAAGACUGCACCUCUGGGGGUACUGCAGCCAGUUCUUGAUGGCGGAAACAUCAAUACUCUCGCCAAACUUGCAACCAAGAUACCUGAUGGGAGCGGUGGGUUCCUGCAUUCAAGUGUAGUGUAUUCUGCCUGGGCUGUCACUAACUUCUGGAAGUCGGACCAGACCAGGAAACAACCUGAUACACCAUCAGGUUGGAUCCACAGGUACGAGAGCUGUGGAGAAUUCCUACAGAAACUCCUCCCCCAGGACAUCGUCAACUUCAUCGACAGCAUCGCUUUCAGCAGUGACAGUCGCAGGCUGUUGGAAAUCAGCUGUCGUCAGGAGAUAGUGAAGCGGGCACUGCGGUUCUGUCGCCAACAAGGAGGUGGGGGUGGGAAGAAGAAGAAGCAAGAGGAUUCUGGGAAGAUGAGCUGGGAUGAGGCUGCCAGUCAAUUACAGCAGAGGGUCACUCAUCUUGAGAAUGUCAACAGUGACACCAUCCGGUCAUUCAGCCAGGCUGAGAAGCCACAGUAUCUGAAGUAUGCCGAGAUGUACGACAAGAGUUGCGGCAACGACAAGAUGAUACAGCAGCUUCUGGUUACCAUAGUUACUGAUGGAGAGAUCCCAGACCUUGUAGAUGAUGUGAUACAGGUGGCGCCACGAGGAGCUUGGACGGUUCGCACAGCAGUACAGGAGUCUGUCAGACUCGUGGCACAGAAGCUGAGAUGCCCUGACAGUCCUUGUGAGAUAUUAGGAGACCGUGAGGUGUUGGAUGUCUUGGAGAAGCUGGUUGUGAAUGUUAAGGAGCACGAAGAGGCAGGGGGUGACCUGGUUGUGUCUGAGGAUGUCAUGUCUCUUCUCCGUCCAUUUUGCUCAGACAGCAGUGUGGCUGUAAAACCCCGCCUUGAUGUCCUGCACAUCCUUGAGAAGAGUUUCAAUCUGUCCCAGCAGGACACAGCUCUGCUAACUUUCUACAGGACAGAAGCUCUGGUGUCGUCCUCGUGGAAGGGGCAAGAGUUGUCUGAGGCUGACAUCCAGACUGCUGACAGCAGACAGAAUCUGUUCUGCCGUCUUCUGGAAACAAGCUCAAACAAAGAGCAGUUCAUGUCUCUGUGUCGUCUGCUCAAGCUCUGGCCCCCAUUGCCACAAGGAGGAGACAGUGUCACUCCCCGUGACAACACGUGGGUGCAGGUGUUUACCGCCAUGGUCAGAUCCCUGGGCUCGGGGGGAGCAACACUAGUCAACACCAUCAUUGCAGACUUGUGUGAAGGAAACCCCAUUAAUCUAGAGUGUACCCGUGCAGUGUUUGACAUGAUGGUGGAACACACACAGGAGACGGAGGCAGUCAAGUUCAUUCUCCGCUCCGGUCACAUCACGCUCUUCCCUGCUGCCAUGGAAACACUUGCUGGUCAAUCAGAGGCUGUUAAGGAUGAGGAUUUGCUCAACAUCAUCUUGCAGCUUCGGCUAGUCACAUCCGUUGUCAAGACAACACACUACACUACUCUCAUUGAAUACCUCCUGGAGAAACAGGGCUCAGAUAAUCGUCCUGAUUGGUUGGAGCCAUUGGUGGUAGCCAAUCAGCUGUCGGAGGCCGGUUUUAAAGCUGAGGCGGGUUCCGUGUUACUUCAAGCACGAUCAAGCCACCCUGGGCUGCACACAUUCGGCACAGCUCUCAGCAUGAUCGGCAAAUGGUUUAAACAAUCUUGAUGAUGUCUUUAGUGUGGUGGAAGUUGUGGUGUUUAUUUAAUAUUUUGACUUCCAUGGUGCUUUCUACCAAGUGUUAAUUGCUUUGGACAUGGGUGUUAAAUAUUUCACCAACCUUUGAUUUAAUAUUUGCUUUGGAAGUUCAAAAUAUUAAAAUACACCUGGAAUUGCAAACCUUGUUUGUUAUGUUUUUUGCUUCAGCAGGUUUCUCAAUAAUGAGUAAACAAUGUAUAACAUAGAAGUAGAUGUUCCUCCCCAACUGCCCUGUACCAAGCACCCACCUCACGUGUAGCUGACCUGCACUACCUGGACAGGUGUGCUCCUUCUUCCUUUACUUAAUGAAACAUACUACAUACAAACUACUACCAAACAUUCGUCUUCCAUGUCAAUUGACAGUUAAUCUAAUCAUAAGACUUUAUCAAUUUUUUCUAAAAAAAUAAAGUAUGAUGAACAUUUGGUAUGAAAAUCUAAUGAUUUGUUGUGAGGUGAUGAUGAUCAGUUGCUUUUUCCAGUACGUUCUGUAUCAAGUAUAUCAAGUAGAACAAGUCAGUACCAGUAUUAUAGACGGAUGCUUUUGAAAAGUUGUAUGUAAAUGCAAGCUUCAUAGUAAAUCCCUCACCACAAGUUCAAGAACACCCCAUUCUUUCAUACUGUGGUUAAUCUCUCCGGUAAUCAGGAGUUUAUAAACUUCUUUUAAGUAAUAUGAAUGAUCAAACAAAACCAUUUAUCAUUCUGUUUAAAAAACGAGUUCUACAAAGAUUACAUUUCGCCAAAAUUCAUAUGAAAACUGUCCAUGGUUCAUGUUUUGGAAUUAUCUAGAUCUUCUUCAUGCCCAUAGGUCAUACUGUAAGAAUGGAUGGUAUAUAUGGAUAUGUACUGUCUAGCAGUACCAGUGAAAUUACCCUACCCUAGCAACAGGUUGAAAGCUACGCCCAGUGGGAAGGUUUGUCUACAGUUGUUGGGCAUGUUGGAGGAAUAUGUUGUAUUACAUGCUUAUAGAUUAUCUGUUAAUAAUCUAAUACAAAUCAGGUCUUAGUUCUUGUUACCAUGGAUACAAGAUCUGAGGACCUCUCAUUAGGUCACACCAACUGUGUGUAUGUUUGUUCUAUGUAGACUUCAUGUACAUAGUCACAGCUUACCUUUGAUCCUUAUAUCCUUUGAUCAUAUGCUUGUUCUAUUUAAACACCAUUUGCGAUCAUCUUUAACCGACUAAUUAUAUAAACAAUAUCAGGGGCGUUUUUUUUUAACUAGUCGGUAACUCUCUACUUAGUUUGUGUAGUGAAAAUGUGGCUUUGCCGGCAAUUCCCCUUCAAAAUGAAAUUUGGCUUUGCUGGCAAAAUGAAUUUUUAAAAUGUGGCUUUCCCGGGCGGACAACACUGUGACCAACCACUGAAAUGACGUUUAAGAAGUUGACAUUAGCCUGCUGGAAAGCCUACCCUUCCUAAGUGUGGUCACUUCCUGAAAUCUGGGUUAGCUAUGCUUUGAAAGGUCAUUCUUACAUGACCCGUAAUUUGAUGUCCUCAAAUCUUUGUUGAAAGUUAGCAAAAUCUAAGGUCUGGUUUUAACAAGACUGCUGUUAAGAUUGUGUAAAACACUACUAAGAUAAAUCGUGAUGAGAGUGAUGACCACAUAAAGGCUGUGCUGCGGGAUGUGUGUCAGGUAUAUGAGGUGAGAUUGCAAGUGUACAUAGGAUGACAGAUGCAGGUUGGUCAGUGGGAAAGGGUAUUUCUUGAACGUAUUUGUAGUGAGAGCUGAAAGAUUUGUACAUCCAGAAGACUAUCUUAGUGCUAAGACAGCACUGCCUGAGCUUACUGGUAGUUUACUUGGUGGAUUGAUUGAGUGGUUUGAUUGAGUGGUUUGAUUCACUAAGACAUAUUUACAUGUGCUACUCAAAACAAGUUACAAAACACCUGACAUUUUCAUAUGGCCUUAGUAACUCUGUUGUGCCAAGAAAAGGUCAACGCCACCCACAAGUAGAAGGGUUCGUGUUUCCUUGAAUAGUUAAGAACACCCACAAUUAGAAGUCUGUGUCUCUUGCUAUACAUGAAAACAUGAGAAAGUUGGGUGUUGUGUAACUUCUUUUGAUUAGUAUACCAGAGAGAAGUGACUUGAUGUAUAUGGUGCCAAAUGUUCCUACCCAAUCAGUUGAAGGUGAUAUAUGUAUAUAUGGUUGCUAUAGACUGAGAAUGGUUGUAGAGUGUUGAAGAAGUGUUAUCCGCCAUUAUGAUCAUACAGUCAUACCUCAUUUUGUUAAGCAUGUUGAAGCUGUCAGUCUGUAUUUAUUUAUUAACUUCUGAAUCUCUGUUGCUCAGGUGAUAUUUGUUACACGUGUGAAACUUUAAGUGUUUUGUUGGCGGCUGAAGCAGUGUGUCCCGCUGAUGCAGCAGCGUGUGGGUGUACAGGGGACACUAAAAGCUUCAUCUGAUGAACAUAUCCACAUUUCCUUUGCCUCUGUACUCAUCAAUGUUUAGCUCAAAACUCAGACAAAUUUAGGAAAAACCUUAUUCUGAUGUCAACAGUUCAAAUGAUGUUAAAGCAAUCCUGCUGCUGUUUGUGGUAUCAGAACACCUGGUGUUAUGUAGCCCUCUCUAAGCAGACCUUAUAAAGCUGGAGAACAUUGAUCUAUUCUCCCACAGUUGAUUCUGCACCUCCACAAGUAGUGCUGUGCAGGGGACAUAACUCUUGCAUUCAUUUUACUCCAUUUCCCUGUUCACAGACUUCACUUAGCCUGUAUGGUACAUUCAGGAUUUCAUCAAUCUUUAUGUCGGUUUGUUAAUUUUAUCAGUUUGAUAUUUAUGAACACAGUGCUUUGAUAUAUUGUCCUGAAAUUACAGAAUCGUGUGUGUAUGCGUGGACUAAACCCUGCCAUUUGUCAUUUCUCCAGGAAUAGUGUAGGCUUAAGAAGUUCCAACUAUUUAUGAUGCAGAGGUUGGUGGAGCCACAGCAUGGUCAGGGGUCAUGCAGUUUGUGUCAGUCACACACACAGACCUCAGUUGUUUAUGAUAUGUGGAUAGGUUGGACCCCAGUAAAUGAAUAUUGUUUUAUGCCAUGGUACGCAAUAUUCCAUCUGUAUUCAGGACAAGACACACCAGAGUGUUGGGGUGCAGCCACAGACAGGUCACACACUGUAUCUUAAUACUUGAUGCCUGGUAUGACGAGUAUGGGUAAGGGGCUGUAGUCAUCUUGGAAUACACUGGAGCUUUAUUGCUUUGUUAGGUAGAUACAUUGAUUAUCAAGACAGUAAAGGCUUUUCAUUACACAAUAAACAAACCUUUCCAUAACCAUUGUUUUCAUUUUUAAAAGGACAGUGGCAUUUUUGUGUUGAUAAGGAAAGUUAAAAAACUAACAAAUGGUUUCAAACUAAUAUUUUUGAUUGAUUUAGAUAAAUAACCUGUGUGAAUAUUAGAUCUUGUUUAAUGCAGUUCAUGUACACACCUCUAUGCAAACUGUUCUAGUAGGUAUCAAGAUUUGGGCUUCAAGUUUAAUAUGGGCAUUACACAGGCAUACUUUUAUGAAUUUAAAUACCUAUUCAGUGUAUUAAUUCAAGUUGUGGAUUAUCUGAUAACAGAAAUAAUUUAAGAGAAAUGUCAAGAAGUGUAACUGUUGAUCUGUUUUGGGAGUUGGAAGAUUUAGUAACUAGUAUAUCACAUUAGAUAUAUAUAUAUAUAUAUAUAUAUAUGUUUAUUCUAUACUGCUGGUGACUCAAGCCAGUGUACCUAAAGUCUCUGUAUCAAAACAGAAGUUACACAAAUAAAGUGCUUUAAAUAUU